GAUAAACGUCUCCCUGCGUUUGAAAAGCCGCAUGCCCGGAUCUCCCACCGCUUCCUCAGCCCGCAGGGCAUUGCGUAGCGCUGUCAACCACCGUUCCUCCUCUCCAACGCCGCGAUAACCGCCCGUCCGUGCCUUCUCCUGCCAACGGCGCCCUUCGCCGCCCGACAAACAACCGGGCUUCACCAGACGCGGCCCUGCACAUGCGACUGCGCCGCCGCCGCCCGACCCUAGGCUGUAUUGGCUGACCACCAGCUCGGAACACACACACACACAAGCAGACACACCAAUACCCACUCACACACAUAUACACAGGCACCCGGGCACCAUCGCUUGUUCGGACCUGGGUCAUGAGAAUAAACAUUCUUCACCAGUUCGUCCUUUGGUGAUUGAUAACCCCGUGGGCUGGGGCCUGUAUUUUGUCAACACUUGAAAGGGGCGAUACAGUGAAGAGCACAGCUUCCAAUGCCUCGUCGUGCCGCUGAAGGAGGCGGCAAAGCCGUGCAGCGAGCCAGCAGCCGAGGCGACAGUGCGUUCCAGGUUAUCAUACUGGGCUCUUCAGGCGGACCAUGCGAAGAUGAUGUCACGGGCCUUCUCGUCCGGUCAACGGCCACGAACUGGAACAAAAACUCCGUCGUAGCUGUUGACGCUGGAAUACUGAUGUCUGGGAUUGGACGAAUCCUCGAGCGUUAUACGACCAUUGAACGAGACGAGAAGACGAAAAUCGAGAGGCCAACGAUCUCCGGCGGGCCUUUUGUCGGCCUUGAUAUUCCAAACCUGACUGCGCGAGCAAAUGCUGCUUAUAUAUUUCGUGAGAUUAUUGCGUCUAUCCUUGUCACCCAUCCUCAUCUUGACCAUGUUUCUGGUUUGGCCAUGAACACACCCGCUGUUGAGUUUCAGUCUGGGCCUAAAACUGUAACCGCGCUCCCUUCGGCUAUUGCGGCACUCAAGAAUCACGUCUUUAACGAUAUCACAUGGCCAAAUCUCUCUGAUGAAGAUGGAGGUGCCGGCAUGAUAACAUAUCAGCGAUUGGUCGAUGGCGGAAACAUGCGACUGGGGCGUGGAGAGGGAAAGGGCUAUGUCAAGGUCUGCGAAGGUCUGGUUACAAAGUGUAUGGCCGUCAGCCAUGGAUCAUGCAAACAACGGUACAACCCGGAGACCGGAAAACACCAUCGAGCAGAGAGCACAGUCUUCACGACCGAGUCUGUGCUGCUUCCAUCUCGUCGAGUAUCAAUAGAUGCAUCGGAACUUAGGACAUUCUCUCCGGCGCAAUAUGGUAAUUCUGGGAAAGAUGCAGCCUUGGCGACGGUGGAGAGCUCUGCAUUUUUCAUCAGGGACCAAUUGACGGGAGCUGAGGUCAUCAUUUUCGGUGAUGUUGAGCCAGAUUCGAUUUCUUUGGAACCUCGAAAUGCCGGGGUAUGGGAGGCUGCCGCUCCAAAAAUUGCUUCUGGCUCGCUCCGCGCAAUCUUUAUCGAAUGCUCUUACUCUGAUUCAGUUGAAGAUGGUUCGUUGUAUGGACAUCUGUGUCCCCGUCAUCUCAUCCUGGAACUAUCAGCGUUGGCCAGCAAAGUGCUAGGUUGCCAGAAGCGGCGAAAGGAGUCCUCCGAAUCUAGAAAACGCAAAAGGCGAGAAUCCGCCCCAGGCCUGCCUUCUGAAUCAACGGAGCAACCGCUAAGUCCAAAAUCAUUACGCCCUCGUAAACCGUCCAGGAGUGAAGCAGAGAUCGCUACAUCUAGACCAGCAAAACAAGACGAGACCAAAGUUCAAGCUCAGCCAGCAUCUUUGGAACCCGAAAGUGAGCGGAUGAGCAUUGAGCAACCGAGUCCAGUGGACCAGGUGCCACCACUACAUGGCCUUCGAAUCUAUAUCAUUCAUGUUAAGGAGUCCUUGAUGGAUGGUGCCAGCCCCAGGGAGCAGAUACUGGCAGAAUUGAGAGAAAGAGCCGAAGAAGCCUGGUUAGGAUGUGAAUUUUACGCUCCAUCAUCUGGAGAUGGGGUGUUCAUUUGA